AUGGAAGCCUCGAACCCCGUCCUCGCGACCAUCUGGCGCCACAAAUCGAUCCGCCAUUUCCUCCCCUCCCCCUUACCCGACGGCACCCUCGAGACCCUGGUCGCCUCCGCCCAGAGCGCAUCCACCGCCUCUAUGCUCCAAACCUGGAGCGUGAUCGCAGUCCAGGACCCCUCCCACAAGGCCGCCGCCGCGCAACUCAGCGGCAACCAGGACUUCAUCCGCCAGGCGCCGCUCAUGCUCUUCUUCUGCGCCGACCUUAACCGCCUCACAAACGUCUCGGAAUGGGAGGAUCAGCCCGCGAAGGCGCUGGAGAAGACGGAUAUGUUCGUUCUGUCGACGAUCGACGCGGCCGUGGCGGCGCAGAACGUGGCGCUGGCGGCCGAGUCGCUGGGGCUGGGCAUCUGCUACGUGGGCGGGGCGCGCAACAACGCCGCGGAGCUGUGCGAAUUGCUGGCGCUGCCCCCGCGGGCCGUCGUGCUGUUCGGCAUGGCGGUGGGCUGGCCGGAUCUGGCGGCGCACGCCCCGGGUAUCAAGCCGCGGCUGCCGAUGCGGGAGGUGCUGCACCGUGAGAAGUGGGAUGAUAGCCAUCAGAGGGAGGAUGUGGAGCGGUAUAAUGCGAGCUUGGGGGCGUUCUACGAGUGGCAUCAGUUGUUCGGUCGGCAUAGCUGGGCUAAGUUCGUUGCGGGCAUGUUGGCGUCCGGGGAGUUGGAUGGACGCGAGAGGAUGCGGCAGGUGCUGCUGGAUCGGGGGUUUAAGCUUGAUUAG